GCUCAAAUAUGUUGAAAUGAAACUAAUAUUAAUGAUUUGAAAUGAGUGAUUUCUAUUUAAUCAGAUGUGUUUUACUCGUAGAAAGGCCUGAAAGAUCUUCAGUUUGCUUUGCUUUGUGGAUUCUGCCUGUGUUCUGUGUGUGUAUGUUGCUGAGGAUGCAAAUAAUCAUUAGACAAUUGUACCAGGAAGUUUCAGUGAAAAAAAAAAGAAAAUCCCCUGCCAGUUGUUUAUAAGUUCCUCAUUCUGACGGCUGACUCUAACAGUCCAUGUAAAGUGGCUGAGCCGCCGGUCAGACAUCAGUCUAAAAAGUCAAGUCUAAUGAAAAACACAGGGAGGAAAUUUGAGGACUGCAAGACUCAAAAAAAAACAUUGCAUUAACUGUUUCCUUGACCCACGAAGUGGCUACACGGUGAAGUGAGACACGAUGGGCUGCAUUGAGUCCACGCUGAGUGAAGGUCUGAGCAGAGGUGUGGAGGGGAAGAGCGGGCAGCAGACUGUACAUGCCGACCCCACGCACUAUGUCAGGGACCCCACCUCCAAUACGAAAAGCAAAAUAAAUAACUCCCUGCUGCCUGGUCAGGUGUUUCAAAAGAUGCAAGAGCAAAGCGGUUCUGGAAAAACUGUGGUUGCCCUUUACCCGUUUGAGGCCGUGCAUUCGGAAGAUCUAGAGUUCAAGAAAGGAGAGAAGAUGAAUGUCUUGGAGGAAUGUGGUGAGUGGUGGAGGGCAAAGUCACUGACAACCAACAAAGAAGGAUACAUCCCAGCCAAUUACGUUGCUGAAGUAGACACCAUGGAGACAAAGGAAUGGUUUUUCAAGGACAUCACAAGGAAGGACGCCGAGAGACAACUGCUGGCUCCGGCAAACAAACCAGGCUCCUACCUGAUCAGGGAAAGUGAAACAUCAAAAGGAAGUUACUCGUUGUCCAUCAGAGACUUGGACGCCCAGAAGACAGACUCAGUAAAACACUAUAAAAUAAGGACGCUGGACAAUGGCGGUUACUACAUUUCACCUAAGAUCUCAUUCCUUGACAUUGACAUCAUGAUCAAACACUACCACAAAAAAGCAGACGGCCUGUGUCGUAAACUGGAACAACCAUGCUUGAAACCCAAAGCGCAGAAACCUUGGCAUAACGAUGCGUGGGAGAUUUCCAAAGAGUCCAUUAAGAUGGUGAAGAAACUCGGAGCGGGGCAGUUUGGAGAAGUCUGGAUGGCGUACUACAACAACACAACCAGAGUCGCGGUGAAGACCCUGAAGUCAGGCACAAUGACGACUGAAGCUUUCCUGGAUGAAGCCAACGUCAUGAAGACGCUACACCACGACAGGCUGGUGCGACUUUACGCUGUCGUCACCAAGACGGCGCCCAUCUACAUCAUCACUGAAUAUAUGGAGAAAGGCAGCCUACUAGACUUCUUAAAGAGUAAUGAAGGCUGCCAACUGAAACUGCCCAAACUCAUCGAUUUCUCUGCACAGAUAGCAGAAGGCAUGGCAUACAUAGAGAAGAAGAACUACAUCCACAGGGACCUGAGAGCGGCGAACGUCCUGGUGUCUGAGAGCCUGCUGUGUAAAAUAGCUGAUUUUGGCCUGGCCAGAGUCAUAGAGGACGACGAGUACACUGCCAGAGAGGGAGCUAAAUUCCCCAUCAAGUGGACCGCUCCUGAGGCCUUCAACUACGGCUCCUUCACCAUCAAGUCAGACCUGUGGUCCUUUGGAGUUUUGCUCUACGAGAUCAUCACCUUUGGAAAAAUUCCAUACCCAGGUAUGACCAAAGGUGAGGUGAUGACGUCAGUGCAGCGUGGCUACAGGAUGCCGCAACCUGACAACUGUCCCGCCGAGCUCUAUGACAUCAUGAUGAGCUGCUGGAAAAACAAACCCGAAGAUCGACCCACCUUCGAUUACAUGCAGAGCGUGCUGGGCGACUUCUACACGGCCACGGAGGAGCAGUACCAGCGACAGCCGUAGAGACAGAGAGACACACACUCACUCACUCACUCACUCACUCACACAGAGACUCUGACAAACUAAUGUACUUCAGACAUGUGUAUUUAUUGAUUUUCUUUCUAUACAGUAAUUAUCUGUAUUCACUUAAUCCCAGCCAGCAUGUCCAUGUGAGCCCCAUAAAGGUUAUAUUCAGGGCUGACAAUAUGGUUCCCAAGUGGGUUUUCCAUGGCCCAAACUCAUGCCCACUUAGCACCCUUUCCAGGCUACCUGGAACUAAGUGGGUACUAAGGAGGCAUAGGCUUGAAUUGGGCAAAUUAUGCAGGUUUUAUGGUUUCAGUAACAUUGUGUUUGCCCACAUAGGAAGCAAAGGAAACACAGGUGGAGCCACCAUGGAAACCACAGACAAACCCACUUGAGACCCAUAUUGUCACCCCGAAUAUAAACCUUUUGGGGCCCACUAUUGAGAACAUGCAUGCAGGUUCCUGUAUAUACUGAAAUGUGGCCACAUGAAUACUACAUUCAUUACAUUUAUUAUUUUUUUUGUACAGACAUAUGUAUAUAGAUUAAUUAGAAAAAUAGAAAAGAUUGAAGAAUAUGUGUAAAAUAAUAUGAAAUAUUAAUGAUUGUCCUACACAUUUACAUUUUGGACCAAACUUGGAGAAAAAAGUCAGAACUCUGAGGAAAAAAGUCUGAAUUCUGACUUUAUUUCAUGUGGCCCUAGUCCUCUUCUGUAGAACAUAACAUAUAAAGAAGGAAGACCUGUAACACUCAUAUGCUUAUUGUUUUGUUAAAGAAAAAAGGUGGCUGAUGUAGCACUGACUGCUGCGACCUUGUCUGAUUGAUUUAAGCCAAUCAACAACAUAUUCGCCUAAUAAAACAUAUGCUAACUGAAGUCAAACGUCAUAAAUAAGUGUACAUUUGCUUUAUCUCACCGUCAGACGGCCUUAUAUGGAAUAAAUUAGUGAUUUUAUGUUAAGGCACACAGUAGUUGUUGAUCCACUGCUGCCUUUAUCACCUAGGUUGAAUGUUAUUUUGUGACUUUGGUGUUUGAAAUCCUUUGUUUGGAUUUAACCGCAGUGACACAAAAUGACCACACGAGGCAGUAGUAGACCUGUUUUGAACUGUUUUGUUUCUGUUUGUUUUUGCACACGCUUGUUGUCUCACUCACUGAAUGUUUUGUCACCUGUUAGUUCACUUCAUAUUGAAGUGCUCUUGCAUUGUUUUGUUUCAUUUCAAUGUAAAGCACACGUGGAAUCGGUCGUCUUUAUCAUUUCACAACCUCAAAUAUGGUUGUUUUUUAAUUGCGUGUGUUAUGUUUUGUUAUGACUCUUAUACCUGAGGUUAAAUGUAACAUAAUAAGCAAACAAAUACCUUUUAAGGUAUGAGCCACUGACCAUUUUGAGCAUUAUAAUUGUUGCUAUGUGAAUAAAAGUUUAAACAGUUUAAUAAAUAUA